CACUCCCACCCCCAACGCCCAUCAUACUUUUGUAAGCUCCAAGUAAGUGCUAGAUCUGAUCUGCUGAGAUGUGUCUGAAUCUGGACCUGUGUUAUCAACCGUUCGAUUCUGCUCCUGCCCAUAAUGGCACAACGACUGCAGGGCGCAGAGUCGGUCUCUUUUCUCGAGUCUGGUGCGAUCCGGCAGAGUCUGUUGCUCCUUAGACAGAUCGGGGAGGCAAGUAACUUGGGGCCUCUGAAAGGUUUCGCGGGAAUUGCUACUUUGGUCCUCGAUACGUGCCAGACUGCGUCAUCGAACAAGUCAGACGCGUCUAGUCUCGGACAAGAUGUGGCUCAGCUGGCCUUGGCCGUGGCCAGUCAAGUCGAGGAUAACAAAGCGGACAUCGCGCAGGACGCGGAACUGUUGGACUCCAUCAGAAAGCUGUGUCUGGAACUCGAAGCUGUGCAUGCAUCUCUCCAGACGCUCUUCAAACGAGAUUCGUUGAGUUGGUUUGUCAAACAGUCUCAAGACCAGGUGAGACUGGUCAGGCUCCAGAGGGACAUAAAACACGCGAUCGACCUAUUCUCGCUCCAAUCCUCCGUGAGAUUGCAACAUAGACUUACUCUGUCGGAAGACUUGGAUGACGCACGAAGAAGUCGGAUUCUUUCUGCGAUACAAGACAUGUGCCAGUCCGUGAUGAGUGAAAUGAAAUCUGCGAAACAGACGAUGGAGACCUUGCCUCUGAUUCUCGCCCCAGUUAUCCCUCGAGUUCCUCGAUGUUUCUUUGGUCGAGAGGAGACCGUUGAGACAGUCAUCGGCGCCCUUGUUUCUGCGUCACCUGCAAGGAUAACGAUCCUCGGAGCGGCUGGGAUCGGCAAGACCAGUGUAGCGAUCAUGGCCCUGGUCAACCCAAGUGUUGUGGAAUGUUUCGGCGACCGGCGGUAUUUCAUCUCCUGUGAUUCGGCGUCAAGCACAGACGACUUGGUGUCUAUCAUCGCCGGCUCGCUGGGUCUGCAAGGAAGCCGACUACGGAAGAAGAUCAUCGACUUUUUCGCCGCGACGGAGCAGCGUUCUGUGCUGGUCCUCGACAAUUUUGAAUCGCCAUGGGAUGCCGGCCCGGAGAACAAGAAGGCGGCUGAGGAGCUGCUGGCUUUGUUGUGCUCCUUGGACACACUGGAUGUAGUUGUCACGAUGCGCGGUGCAGAGCGCCCUGCUGGUGUGCAGUGGUCGAGGCCGUUCCUCCCUCAACUGGGACCCCUCGACAACUCGGCUGCUCGCAAGGCUUUCCUGGCGCUCUCAGACUGUUUAGAGAACGACGACGGGAUCGAUCAAUUGCUAGCUGUCGUCGAUAAUGUACCGCUGGGGAUUGUGCUCAUGGCCAAUCUGACAGAGACGGACAGCACGGAGACCUUGUUCGACCGCUGGCGCGAAGAGCAGACGUCUUUGCUUCAUCGGACCGCUGAUCGCUCAUCGAGUUUGGAUGUCUCAAUCAGUAUCUCGCUAAACAGCCCUCGGAUGAAGGCAGAGCCCGAGGCACUGGUACUGCUCAGUUUGCUAUCAGUCUUGCCUGAUGGAAUCGAGAAUCGCCAAUUAGGUGCGAUCUUCCCGAAUCUCACCAAGUCUCGGCGGGCUCUGUCCACCCUAUGGCACACUUCUCUUGCUUACAACGAUGGAAACAACCACACUCGCGUGCUUGCACCCAUCCGGGCCCAUAUGCGAGUCCACUAUCCUCCUAGCGAGAUGCAUCUGCUGCCGGUCUACACUUACUACAUGGCAUUGGCCGGUCUAGCCUGCGAUUUGGGCGGGCCGCACGGACAGGACAUCGUCAAGAAAAUCGUUCCUGAAAUAGGGAACAUCCAUUCGGUCGUUGAUCUGGCGCUCAGAGACACCCAACCAGCUCUUAUCCGUGCUGCUAUCGAUGCUGCGAUAAAUCUCGCGAAAUUCCUGCGGUACACUCAACUGGGGAAUCCAGAUACCAUCGGUCUGGCGAGCUCUGUGUUGAAGCAUCUAGAUGAUCCUAUCCUACAAGCGGAUGUCCUGUUUAAUCUUUCAUGGGUCAAGUUGGUCGUGGCAGGAGAUAGCCCUGAAGCAGAACAAUUGUGCAACGACGCACUGGCGAUUUACGAAACGCAGGAGAAUCUUGACGGCCGAGCACAGAGUACUUGGCUUUUGGGGCAGAUACUCAAGACGAGCAAGCGACAGAAAGAGUGCAAACUGAAGUUCGAAGAAGCGCUCGCUUUGGCCACGGAAGCACAGAACCAAAACUGUCGGGCAAAAUGCCUGUCCUGCUUAUCCGAAGCUCAGUUCCAUGCUGGAGAUGCUGCAACAGCCGAAGCGCUCAGUCUGGAGGCUUUGGAAUUGUUCCGACAGGAAGAGCAUCUCACAAACAUUGGGAUGACGCUGUAUUUCCUCGGGAGAAUCGCAGAUUUCAGGGACGACGCAUCUGCCGAGGAGCGUUACGAAGAGGCAGAAGCUGUGUUACAGCAAGCAGGAGCCAGCAGCCAUGCAGCUCUUGCUCUUAUUGGCAAAGGAGACAUCUUGGUCGCCCGAUGCCAGUAUCGGGAGGCACAACAGAUCUACACCAAAGCUGUGCAGGCCUUCCGGACAAACAGCUCGCUUCAAACGACAUACGGUGCAUUUGCCCAGUUAUCUCUAGGCACAGCGGAGGCAUAUUUAUACAAUUACACCGAAGCCAAACGCUGGCUGGAUGCGGCUUGGAAGACCUUUGAAAAGACUCCGGUGGUCGCACACGGUCGGAUGCAUCUGGAUAUAGUAUUUGGUUCGAUCGUCCCGAGUCAGGACAGAUUCCAGUCACUGACAGACCACCAGGGGAUGUAGCCAUGUUCCAAAAUUCCGUAAUGGAAGCUGCCACAAUGUAUCAGCGCGCGCUGACAUCUGCGGAGUCCUUGGGAUUAUCGGUAGAGGAAUCUCAAUGCCGCGUUAAACUCGGCGCAGUUCGUGUGAUGCAGGGGCAAGUCCGCGUCGGACUGCAGCAUUUGCUGGUCGCAGCGGCGAAGCAGCGUAAAGCACAGAACAUCAAAGGCAUCACCGAAACAAUGGUCCGUCUCGGUGAAGCCUUCGAAGCGGAUGGAGAUCACCCGGCCGCCCUAAUGAUAUUCCGCGCAACCUACCCAGCCGUCAGCAAAACAGGCGCAUUGCGCUCGACGGCAGAUUGUUUGCUAGGACUUGGGAGACUGUGCAGCGACCGAGUAUAUGUAGACAAGGCUGCCCAGCUAUAUCAGCAGACUGACGACCCCAAGGGGCGCGAACGCUGUAGAACUCUCGUUCAAAGACUGUAGUGUUCCAAUGGCCAUGGAUUCCACUCUAACGACGCACCAUAAAACUUGGGCCCUGCAUUUUCUUAUGCGAGAACAGGGAUCUCUCAGUCUACGCGCGGUUUUCCAGAACGAAGA